GACUGGAUGCAAAAGAAAUUUUGACUGUACGGCGCACUGUAAAGAAUUUAUUAAAUUUAUGAACUAUUCUGUGUUGGGAUUUGUGAUUACCGAUCCGUGUUGCUGUCGGCUGUCGCUGCUCACUAAUCGGUACUCACUAUCAUCAUCUACAUUGCAUUCAGUAGUUUAAACUUUAAAUAUUUUAAAUAUUUAUAUACUUAUCUAUGCUAAGUACGAAUAGGAAUUUUUUUUUUAAACACCUUUAUUAUAGUCAUGUUUUAUUGUUUUAUAUUAGCAAUUGUUUCAUGCUAAACAAUAAGCUUACAAAACGUUCCUAAUAUUUUAAUUGUUGUAAAAAGUGGUUAAGGAAUAAUUUAUCAUGGAUAGAGGUGGACGAGGAGCAAGAAGAUCUAGAGGUGGCAGACCAUUUAUAAGAGGUUAUUAUCGUGGUAGAACACCUGGCAGAAAAGGAAUUAGGGGUUCAAUGAGCAACAGGCCUGAUUCAAGGGACAGAUAUGAAUCAUCUCCCUAUGAUGAAAACAAAGAUACAUAUGAAGAUAAAUCUUGGAACUCUCCGUCUAGCAGACCCCAUACAACUGAAGGAGAUAAUACUUCUCCUAUGAGAAGAAGUAAAUGGGAUGAUGACGACAGCAGUGAAAAAGAUUCGCCUUCCAUUAAAAAAGACCAUUAUAACAAUUCUAAGUAUUAUAGGCGCCCUUCUGGUCAUCCUUUUAGAGGUCAGAGACGCCCAUAUCAAAAUAAUUAUUGGGAAAGAAAUAACCGUGGUAAACCUUUUUCACCUCAAAGCCAGUAUCGUGUUAGACCAUACAAUACAUCGCCUAGAAAUUCUAGGCGAUAUUCACGUUCUCCUGAAAGACAUCGUUCGCCAAGUAGAUACCGUUCACGUACACCUAAUCGAUAUUGUUCACGCUCAGAUUCAUCAAGUAGAUCUAGGCGUCGAUCUCAUUCUAAACACAGAUCACCAUCAAGAAGACGGUCUCCAUCAAGAAGACGAUCUCCAUCCAGAAAUCCUAGAACAUCAGUUGAACGUGAAAAGCCAUUAGAAAAAAGUAAAGUUAUUAAAAGUACAUCUAGUGAUGACUCCGAUGACUUUGUAGAGAAAUUAGAAGCUUGUAAAAACCCUAAAACACCAGGACGAAGUGAAUAUUCUGGUAAAGAUAACGACGAGUACUGGAUUGAAAAUGAAAAAAAAAAUGCAUUUAUUGCUAAAGAACCAAAAACACCAUGUCGAUCCAGUUUUUCUUCCAGAGCUCCUAAAACUCCAAGUCGAUCAGAGCAAUCCAGUCAAAAAGAUAAAGAUGAUUACUGGGAAAAAUCUCAGACAAAAAAUCAAUAUUCAAAUAGUUGGGAUGAUUCACCAAUUCGUGAAGAACCCAUUCCAAAAGCACCAAAAACUCCUGGUAGGAAAGAAUUGGUCUCAAAAGAAAGUGAUGAUUAUUGGUUAAAAUCUUCACCUAAAGAUAAACGUAAAGAUUCAUACUCUAAAAACACAAAAAACCAAAACUUUUCAACUUUAUAUGUACAAGACCUAAGCUCAUCUGAUUCUGAAAAAGAAAAAUCCUCAAAACAGUCUAGAUCUAUGUCAAUAACAAAUUCAGAUAAAAGUGAUACACCACCACCAAAUUUAGAAAAAUCGGGUAAAUCGGGAAGUAGCUACUCACAAGCACCUGUUUCUAAACUACCAGGAAAUGUAUCGGAACCUCCUCCUCCUUCAAUAUCAUCUGAAAACUUAUCUGGGUAUAAUCCACAUUGGUCUGGAGUGCAUAAUACAUCUUCCUCAUACAUAACUCCAGAAAAUUGUACCCAACCGCAGGCUACACAGUAUACUGGUUAUCAACCACAGCAACCAGUGUCAGCUCAAAAUCCACAAUGGUAUCAUCAAUCUGGUUUUCAACAAUAUGGAUCACAGUAUCAACAAUUUCAACAGUUUGAACAAAAGCCCCCUGUUUCUUUUAUUCCUCCUCGCUCUAAUCUUGAGCAAGUUGUGGGUUACCAAUCAACAAACCAAGGACUAUUAUACAAUAUUGACUUAAAACAGGUUGAUACUACAAAGCCUCCUCCAAAUAUCACACCUAUUACUCCAGUUCCAGAAGUACAGCAAAAAAUAUCUCAAGAUAGUUUAUUUGAAAUGCAACGAGAAACAUAUACUACAAAACUACUGAGUUUAAAAAAAGAAUUGGAAUUAUUGCAAAUACAAUAUGACAAAUUUAAAUUAGAUAAUUCUGAUGGUCGACAUAAUGCUGAACUAAAAAAAAAUAGAAAAGAACAGGAUGAUUUGAAUGGAAAAAUCAGAGGUGUUAAUAAUAUACUUGAAGUACUUAAUACAAUGAUUCCCAAAGAUUCUAUUAAUGAUGUAAAAAAAGUGGAAUCUAAAAAACAGGUACCGAAAGAGUCAGAUUUUAAUAAAACUAAAGAGGAGCCAGUAUCACAUGUAGAAGUAUCGUCUCUGCAAAAACAUCAACGCCAAAGUAUUUCUUCAUCACCAUCAUCAGAGCCUAGAAAAAAACAUAAAAAAUCAUCAAAAAAAGUAUCUAAAUCACUUUCAUCAGAUGAAGAGGAUUUAAGUAAUAAAAAAUCACGAAAAUCUAAAGAGAAAUCUGAGUGUAAUAAAAAAACCAAAAUUCGUGCUACUGAAAAGCAACCACAGUUCAAUUAUGUUUAUUGUGAUUCUUGUAUUCAUUGGUGUCAACCAUGCAAUAUUUUCCCAAAAACUGCUAAAGAAUAUUUAACACAUUUACAUAGUGAUUCGCAUAGAACAACUCUCGAGGAACUAAAUAUUGUAGAAUUACCUUGGCAUAAUACUCAAUUAGAACCCUCACAACCAGAAAAAAACCCUGAUUUACCUACUAAACGUGUACCUAUUAAAGGUUUGGAAUUUUUUAUUGGAACAAAUGCUUGGUAUUGCAAACUUUGUGAUGUAUGGAUUGGCGAUCUUCAUUGUGCUUCUGCGCACUUUAAAUCAAAAAGUCAUAAUGAUUUAUAUGCGGCACUUAUAGCCAAAGAACCUAAUUGGGAAAUUGAUUGGCUAACAAAAAGAACUCGUGCAUUUGAGAAGUCAAUUUUACAAACAAAUAAACCCAAGUCAGAAACAGUAAAAGAAGAAAAGCCUAAAGAACCUUUAGUUAUUGAACCUAAACCUGAGAAGUCUUUUUUUGAGAGGGAUCUUAAAAAAGAAAGAGACCGGAUACGAGAGAAAGAUAGGGAUAGAGACAGAGAUAAAGAAAGGGAAAGGGAAAAAGAAAGAGAUAGAGAAAAAUAUAAAAAAGAAUCUAGUAGAAGGAACACUGAGAUUAAAAAUCAACUAAGUCCAGUUAGUGAAAGCACUGAUGCUAAUAAUCUUUCAUUAUCAGAUUGGAUGAAGCCUAUUAAUUUGCCGGUAGAUAAGAGUAUGAUAACAUUAAAAGAAUCUGUGCAAAAAGCUAAAGUAAAAUUAGGUAAGCACAAAACAGAUGAAAUUGAAGAUCACAAGUCCAACGUAUCGGAGAGCUAUUACACAAAAAAAAAAAAAUUUGAAGAAACUAAACCUGUGUAUGAUGAAAAAAAAGAAGAUAAUUGUAUGAUAAAUAAUCGUAGCAAAAUAAAAUUACCUUUUAUUGGUAAAAUGCCAUUUGCAAAGCCUAUUCCUAAAAAAUCAUCGAAUUCACUAUCCAAAGAUGUACCAAAUUUUACUGUAGAAACUAAAAAUGAAGAAUCAAAAGAGAAAUCAGUAGCUUCUAAAGCAGUCCAAAAACUUAUAAUAGAACAAAUGAUUUUUGCUGCAAACGAAAAAAAGAAUGAAAAACAAGUUUUACCUGUUGAUAUGGAUCUUGAUGAUGAAAAUGAAAACGUUGAAAUGAUACUAAGUACGGAUACUAACUCCAUUCUACCACAAAUAAAUCUCGAUCAGUCUAGAAAUCCAAUUCAUCAAUUAUGUAAUAUCCAACAAACAACAUUGCCUCAAGAUUUAAAUACUGCAUUAAAUUUAAUUUUUCCAUGUAACGAGCCUUCACUUGUACCUUGCACAAGUGUUCCGAUUAACUCUCAAAUUAAUAACUCUUUGAUACUUCAACAAAAUGUAAACAUCCCUCAAGAAAUAAAUAAAAGUUUAAACUAUUCUCCUGAGAGAAAGAAAAAGAAAAAUGCACCUUCUCAACGUAAACGAAGACACAUGAAAAAGAAUAUGGGAAAAGACGAUGAAGAUGAUGAUGAUAAAUCUGAUGGACAAAUAAAUUUAAGGUUUAAAAAAGGAGAUAAUAUAGAAAGGUCUAAUGGCAAUGAAUCUGAAGGCGAUGAGCUUGCUAUGCUUGGUAUCGAUGCUGAAGAUAUGGCUGCUCAAUAUUAUUAAGUUUUUAACAUAAUUUACAUAAUUUUAUGUACUUUUAUUAAACAUGAUAAGAAUUUUAAAAGUUUAACAAACUAUUACAACAGAACAUUUUUUUUUUUAAUGAGUAAUAUGAAAAGGAACUAUUAUUCUUUAAAUGUUCCAGUAAUAAAUUUUAGACAAGUUAUUUCUGUAUUACUAUUUGGUUUUC